AUGGCUUUGCCCGGAAGCGACAUGGCGUCUGUCUUCGACCUGGACCUCGCAGACCUCGACCUGGUUCUGGACGACGGCGACGAUCAAGGGCAAGAUUCUAUCGAUUCGGCCGAUGGCCGACGAAUGAGCAUUGACGACGAUGGUAUGGACAUACAAGAACCUCAACUAGACAAUAUGGGGUCACAGAAAAGCGCGACAAGCGCUGCCACUGACUUCACGAGAAGACGAAAUUGGACGCAACGUAUACUUGCAGAGAUGAAAGAUAUGCUUGUGGUGCUGAGUUCCGACGGCAAAGUCCUAUAUACGUCUCCCGCCUCGGCGUCAAUUACCAAUUAUGAGCCCAAGCAGCUUGGCGGAAAAUUCCUUUCGGAGUUUAUGCACGACGACGAUCGAUCGUUAUUUAUUCGCGAGUUCAACGAAUGUAUCGCCACCGGCCACCGUCUCAGGUACCAUUUUCGUUUCCGAAGACCCAACAGUGAAUAUGUUAUUCUAGAAGCGUCGGGCCAUGCGCACAUGGCCGAUGAGAAGACUACGCUGGGGACGGGCCAAGAGGGAAAUGCCUGCCAUGGUUUCUUUCUUGUCUGCCGACCAUACCCUACCAAGACCACGGCGCUUUUAGACUCGUUUCUUGAACACAAAGUCGAGAAUAUACGGCUAAUCAGAAGAAUUGGCGACCUCAAAAACGAAGAAGAGGAAGAGUUACGCGCACAACAACAAUGGAUUCGUCAAUCAGACAAUUCGGAAACAAUAAGUCCAGAUGACGAAAAUCAAGGCUUCGACAGCGGGCCGACAACAUCAGCGGAACAAGGCAUGAUGCUCCCCCCCGCACGGCCCAGCGCAUCGAAUUCUGGCCAGGAAGGCUAUAGCUUCAUGGCCCCAUUAGAUGGAAAUAUCGACACGUCCUCCCGAAGCGAUACCUCAGUGGUCGAUGGCAUCGAAAUGCUCACCGGCCUACGAUACGCCGAGGGCGAACGAUCGCGAGGUCUCAGCACCGGCGCUCGGGAUGGCGGUUUGAUACAAGGACCGCCCGAGAUAAAUCACAUGAGCGCCAGCUCAGACGACAAUGACAAGAAGAAGAAAAUCAAAACAUCAGAGGAAUACGUUUGCACUGACUGUGGCACUCUUGCUUCUCCGGAAUGGAGGAAAGGGCCCAGUGGGCCAAAAACACUGUGUAACGCUUGUGGAUUGCGCUGGGCCAAAAAAGAGAGGAAGCGACAAGGCUCUAUCCAAUCUUCAACCCAAUUUUAA